GCAACAUGACGUAUCGUCUAAAAAAUUCAACGGGGUUUUUAACCUAUGUUGAAUUAACAACUUACCUCGAUACCAGGAUAUUGUUUAUAUUUUAUACAUGCUCAAUGUUAGAGUUCAUUGAAAGCAAAAAGUGUGCUGUUUCAAAGGUGUGAUUAACACCAAUGAGAUGCCGCUUGCUCAUUUAGGUCAACCAUUUCUGAAGGCAAGUGAUAUUAGUGAGGAGUGUAUUUCUAUAGAUGAGUCACCGGAAGAAACGUGUCAAAAAGUUGACGUUUCUGAGGUUGAAGUCAAUAUUGAGAACUUAGCACACAAGUCAGAGAAAGUUGACGCCUCGUGCUUUGAUUUGCUUUAUGUUAUUGGCCAAGGAUCAUUCGGAAAGGUUUUCUUGGUCAGGAAAAACAAUGGCAGUGAUAAAGGGACUUUGUAUGCGAUGAAAGUCCUUAAAAAGGCCGUGCUGAAAGUGCGUGACAGAAUCAGGACGAAGUUGGAGAGAGACAUAUUAACUAGAAUUAAACAUCCUUUCAUAGUAGAUUUGCAUUAUGCCUUCCAAACCGAGGGAAAAGUUUACUUAAUAUUAGAGUUCCUUCGAGGUGGUGAUCUUUUCUCUCGUUUGUCAAAGGAGUACAUGUUUACAGAAGAAGACGUUAAGUUUUAUUUGGCUGAAAUUGCAUUGGCCUUAAAUUACUUACACAGCAAUGGGAUAGUUUAUCGGGAUCUAAAGCCCGAAAAUAUUUUGCUCAAUGAAGAAGGUCAUGUACGACUGACAGAUUUUGGUCUGUCUAAAGAGUCAAUUUUUGAAUCUGCUGGCGAUCGAACGUACUCAUUUUGUGGGACAGUGGAAUAUAUGGCUCCAGAAGUUGUUAAUAGACAUGGACACGGUACAGCAGCUGAUUGGUGGAGUUUCGGUGUGCUUAUGUAUGAACUGCUUACUGGCAUGCUACCUUUUCAUAAUGAAAAUCGUAAAGAUACAAUGCAAAUGAUUUUAAAAGCUAAAUUGUCAAUGCCACAAUUUCUAAGUCCUUCAGCUCAGAGUUUAUUACGUGCCCUUUUCAAACGAACUCCAUCAAACCGAUUAGGUCAUGGGCCAGAUGGAUUCGAUCAGUUAAAAAGUCAUGAAUUUUUUGCUACAAUCAACUGGGAUGAUCUGUUAAAUGGUCGUAUUCAACCUCCAUUUAAACCUCCUUGUUCGUCAAUUAAUGAGAUACUAAAUUUUGAUCCAGAAUAUACAUCUCGUACACCACAUGAUUCUCCAUGUCCUCCGGCAAGUGCAUCAGCUCACGCGUUAUUCCGUGAAUUCAGUUAUGUAGCACCAGGAUUUUUUACAGAACAAGAACCUAACUUUUUUGCUACAAAUAAUAACAACCAUGUAAACAGUAAUAAUGCUAGUAAUAGUAACAAUAACAAUAAUGAAGUGUUGAAUGGUGCAAAUAUUAGUCAUUUCAAUUCAAAUGAAGGAAAAAUUACUACUACUACUACUACUACUAAUAAUAAUAAUAAUAACAAUAAUACUCCUAGACGUGAAGAAGAUCGAACAAAUCAUUCAUACAUUCCAGAAGAUCUACCGCCUUUAACCCCUUCAGUUGCCAAAUGUUUUCUUCGAUUAUCCGGUCUACCUGGUGUUAAAAAUAAACCAUUCACACUGGAUUAUGUUUUAUUAGAAGAGAUUGGUAAAGGUUCAUUCUCCACUGUACAUAAAUGUCGUAAUCGAAAUACAAAUUCUGUUUGUUGUGUAAAGAUUAUUGACAAAUCGAAGCGAGAUGCCAGAGAAGAAGUUGAAAUUCUACUUAGACACCAUAAUCAUCCAAAUAUUGUUUCAGUUCGGGAUGUAUAUGAAAAUGAGAAUAUAGUCUAUUUAGUUAUGGAGUAUUUAAAAGGUGGGGAAUUGUUGGAUAGAAUAAUCCGUCAAAAGUGUCUUUCUGAACGUGAAGCUAGUGAUGUAAUCAAUGUGAUUGCAAAUACGUUGAAUUAUUUGCAUAGUAAUAUGGUUGUUCAUCGUGAUCUUAAACCAUCGAAUAUUCUGUAUGCAGAUGACUCUGGUCGUUCAUCUGCACUACGAAUAUGUGAUUUCGGUUUUGCUAAGCAAUUAAGGGCAGAAAAUGGUCUAUUAAUGACACCGUGUUAUACUGUGAAUUUUGUUGCACCUGAGGUACUUAAAAUGCAAGGUUAUCAUGCUGCAUGUGAUGUAUGGAGUUUAGGUGUGCUAAUGUAUACAAUGUUGUUUGGACAAACACCAUUUGCAUUUAAGCCCAAUGAUUCACCAGAGGUCAUUUUAUCUCGCAUAGAAUCUGGACGAUUAGAUCUAGUUGAUAAUGAUUGGAAUAAAAUAUCUGAUUCAGCAAAGGAUUUAUUAACAAAAAUGUUGAAUCCUGAACCAUCUAAACGAUGUACAGCUAGCAUGAUUCUAUCACACCCAUGGAUUAAAAAUCGUGAAGAGCUAUCACCUGAUCUAUUAGCCAAUUUUCAAAUACACGAUGUGAAUCAAACUAAAAAUUCCGUUGAGGCUACCUUUAAGGCAUUGAACAGUACAACUAAAAUACCAAUAUUAGAACCAGUUGAAUCAUCAAGAUUAGCCAAACGUCGAGUGCAAUCUAAGCCUAAUUUAUCUACUCAAACAAAAGAAGAGAAAUCAUCGUUCUCUUCGGUAUCUUCCUUGACAAGUACUAAAUGUCAUAAAGAAUAAAAAAAAGUACUGUUCAGCUAAAUUCUCCAUCUUCUUUUUUUGUAUUAUUUUUUCCUCCUUUUCAAAUUUCUCUAUUAAUCUCCCCCCCUUUUUUUUCUACAUUUUUGUCUUGAUAUAAUACUCAUUAUUGUGUAAAUCUUCCCGCUGAUAAAUAAAUGUUUGUAUUUUAUUUAUUUUAAAAUGUAACAAUUAUUACUUGUAACACUUAAUUAAGUACACUAGUGUUUUCAGUGUACUUUAGUGUUAAUCAAUUAUUUUUUCAUGAUCACUUUCAACUUUGUAAAGAAAUUAAAGUAUGUCUUGAUAUACACAUUUAUACAUAUAUAUGCAUAUUUAUACCUAUAAUAUAUAUAUAUAUAUAUAUAUACAAAUCAGUGAUAACGUGGACAGUAUAAAAUGCUGAAUUUUCACUAAUUACCAGUAAUAUUAGAAUGACUGAUUCUUUUUUAUUUUAUUAAAGAAGAUUUCAUCUGCUUGAUAUUGAAUGCACAUCUGGAGUAAAGUGUAUAAAAACAUUUCCUAUAUAUAUUUGUGUUAACCUUCGCCUUCCUCUUAUUCUUCUUCUUCUUCUUCUUAUCUGGUUCUGGUAGUCAGAACAUCCCCCAAUGAAGUCGACUUUGAAUUAUAGUGUUAAAGUUACACUAGUCUGUUUUUCUCCAUUAACAUUUUUUUUUUACUACUCUACUACCACUGCUACCACUUCGAACAGUGUUAUUCGAUGAAGUGGCGACUCAUUCACCUUUUCUCAUUUUCGUUUAUUUUUGCUUAUACAUUGUUACUUUUUUUUGUCUAGUCAUGUCUCGUCUGUAUUGACACUGUCUUUACAGCGGUUAUCAUUUUUCUUAUAAUAAUAAUUAUUAUUAUUUUGGUUUUAUUUUCUUAGUUGGUUCACUUUCUGCUUUAUAACACAUGCGUACACACUGCUUACUUUUUUUACGGUUUUCUAUAGAAUACUCUUCAUUUCUUGUCUGCAUUUUCUCUAUUGAUUUAAUUCAAAUAAACAAAUAAUGGAAAUA